CAAAGAUUUUUUAUUAGUAAGAGAACACGUUUUAGCACAGAAUAUUCUUUGAGAUUCCAUUGGAGAUGCUCCAACAACCAAUAACGCGAACCACAUUCCGCGAAGGCUCCAUCCCUUCAUUGACUAAGUACUUACACAUUAUCUUACUCAAUUCAUAUAGAAAUCACCUUUGAAUUGAUCCCAACAAACCUUAGCCCUGAAGCAUCAGAAUUUCUUCUCCAAACAAGAUUCCAUUCCAUCUCCCUCUCUCUCUCUCUCUUGAAAGAAGUACUCCAUCAUUUAAGUGUCAAAACUUCUGGUUGUUGAACAUCCUUACCUUUUGUUGAGAAUAUUUCCAGCGGGCUCUGAUUAUGGAUGACCAUGGCGAUGUACGAGAAAAAAUCCUGUUCGGGAAGUACGAGUUAGGAAAACUCCUCGGACAAGGAGCCUUCGCGAAGGUGUACCACGCCAGGAACCUCAGGACGGGGCAGAGCGUGGCAAUCAAGGCGAUGAGCCUGCAGAACGUGCUGAAAGGAGGUCUGACAGAGCACGUUAAGCGUGAGGUCUCUAUCAUGCACCGGCUGCACCACCCUCACAUCAUUCGCAUCUUGGAGGUAUUGGCGACCAAGACGAAAAUCUACUUCGUGCUUGAGUUCGCCAAGGGAGGGGAGUUGUUGAACAAAGUCAAGAAAGGACGGUUCAGCGAAGAUAUGAGCCGCAGGUAUUUCCAGCAGCUGAUCUCCGCCCUCGGUUACUGCCACUCCCGAGGUGUUUUCCAUCGAGAUCUGAAAGGCGAGAAUCUCCUCUUAGACGAGAAUUUGAAUCUGAAAGUGACCGAUUUCGGGCUCAGCGCCGUGACGGCUCAGAUCCAACCCGACGGCCUCCUCCACACGUUUUGUGGGACCCCUGCUUACCUGGCGCCAGAGAUCCUUGCGAACAAAGGAUACGACGGCGCCAAGGUGGACAUUUGGUCAUGUGGAAUCAUACUCUACGCUUUGAACGCCGGUUACUUUCCGUUCAGUGAUCGGAAUAGAAUGAUGCUGUAUCGUAAAAUCUUCAAAGGCGAGUUUCGGUGUCCUGAAUGGACGUCUCCUGAGCUCAAACGAUUUCUUCAUCGUCUACUCGACUCGAAUCCAAAAACUCGCAUCACACUCGACCAGAUCAUCGACGACCCGUGGUUCAAAAUAGGCUACCGACAUAUCCAAACCAGCUCCGAUGAUUUAUCUGGUCUCGAAGAUUAUGACGACAACAACGAACGGUACGACUUCUUGAACGCAUUUGAUAUAAUUUCGUGGUCGCACGGUCUGGAUCUGUCCGGUUUGAUCGAAUCAUCGAAUUGCUCCGUCAGAGUGGAGAGAUUUGUUUCGGCAGAGUCGCCGGAGAGAAUAGUCGGGAAAAUCGAGGAGGUGGCGGAGGAGUGGAGGAUGACGGUGGUCAGGAAAAAGGUUUUUGCGGUGCAGGUGGUGCAAGGGCGAAAUGGGGAUAUCGUUUUUACAGUAGACAUUCACCGGUUAACGGACGAACUGGUUAUUGUUGAAAUCAGGAGGGGUGAGAAUGAGGAUAAGCCUAGUCUUGAAUUAUGGAAAGUGAAACUUAGAACCCAGCUCCGUACUCUUGCUUUUGAACCGGAACCCCAAGUUACCGGUAGUUAAGCAAGGGGACUUCGGUAGUAUUUGAUUUUUUUUUUUUCAAUAUUGUAUACAUCAGCAGGGUUAGCGGAGUGUUAGUAUGUUAGUCCAAA